AUCCGACCAAAACACAGUUAGGAAAAGGCUAGGAGGAUGAUAACUAGAAUAUUACCUUGCCAUGCAUUUCUCGUCAUCGACCAAACGCGGGAUACGUUGUAAAUCAGCUAGGUACAUUCAGUAGGAGUCCUGGUGUCUGUGAGCAAUUCCCCGCUUCUCCAAAAAAUGGGGCUGAAAUAUUGACUUUUCAGCGAAAUGCUGCUAAUAACAGUGUAUCACUGUCUUGGCUAAAUUGUUUCGAUGAUUCUGUGAAACAAAGCAUCCAUUGGGUGAUCUAUGGGAAAAAUAAGGCUAAUACAAACACAAACAAACAUACCCAUGUUGGCGAUCCAUUUGGAAAAAAGACGCCUUUUAUGAAACAGAGGUACUACAUAGGUUUUAUGAUUGCAAAAAUCUGUUAUUAAUUACUGUUUACAACAAUGAAUACACUGAAUGUGUAACAAUACAAUCAGUGCACAAUAGCUCUCAUUUCCUCCACGCAUCAAUAGUACAAACACAUCGUACGGCGCCUAUCUCUUACUCAUUAAUCACUGAGGUUAACGACAAACAAUGAAAGUGGAGACAAACAGUCAGUCACGUGACAGUCUGCGCAGGAGUCGCAGAGUGACAUGUGUGUGUGCAAACAGUGAGCGAUGCAUUACGGAAGGAAACGGAUACGGUUUCUACAUGCAAACAUGAUUAAAAGCAGGGACGGGACUAUGCGGCAAGCGAUGGUGACCACCAUGACAGCAGAACAUCUGCACUCACCGGUCCUGGAGGCAGACCUCGAAGAUGCAUUGGAAUUGGCUGGAGCCGGCAAGUACCAGUUACUGCACAGUCUUCUAAUGCUGGCCACAUUGUUCGCGGCCAUUCUGGAGAUGAUUGGAGUAGCCUUCGUGUUGCCGGCAGCAGCCUGCGACCUCAACGUACCUGAUAACCUGAAAGGCAUCAUAACUUCAUUACCUAAUAUUGGUAUUAUCCUAACGGCACCCUUCUGGGGCCGGGCUUCAGACUCGCUCGGCAGGAAGCCAAUCCUGCUCGGGUCCCUGACAGGAGCCGGCGUGAUGAGCUUCGUCGCCUCCUUCAUGCCGUCACUUGUGACUUUUGCUCUCUUCAAAUUUGCCUGUUCACUUUUCUUGUCGAGUCCCUCGUCGCUGGGCUACGCGUACGUGUCGGAGAUGCUCCCACGCCGGCGCCGUGACACCGCUGUCCUCGUCAUCAACGGUCUCGUCAACCUGCUCACUGUCUUCAGUCCAGGUCUCGCCUGGAUAAUUCUGUCAUACGACUGGCACUGUUACCUGGGUGCCAUCGACCUGCGUCCGUGGCGGCUGCUGACCGCGGUCUACUCCCUGCCGCUACUCCUCACGGCACUCUGCGUGCUCGUGGCUGACGAGAGCCCCAAGUUCCUGAUGACCAGGGGCAAAGACCGAGAGGCUCUUGACGUUGUGAAGAGGAUAUAUGCUGUCAACACUGGGUUACAUGAAGAUAGCUUUUGUGUAAAAUCCCUGAAGACAUGUGAGCUCUCUGACCCGGAGCAGCGUGGCUCGGAGUGUGCGCUUGCGCCGAAGUCUCAGUCGCAGUCCGCGUUCGCUCUGCUGCGCCCCCCGCACCUCAAGUGGUUCGCCCUCACCGGGGUCCUCAUGUUUGGCCUAUUCUCCUUCUUGAACGGGCUGUUCCUGUUCGCCCCGGACACAAUAAACAAGGUGAUGAGUGGUGAGGACACCAGCGGGACUGUCUGCGAGCUUAUAGACCAGUCUGAUAACUCGACAUCGACGUCAGAAUGCGUGGACUCGAUCUCUCACCAGACGUUCUUCAUCAUGGUGCUGACGACGCUGGUGUACGGCGCGCUGGUGGUCGGCGCCAGCCUCAGCCCGCUCUCCAAGAAGACGCUGCUGGUCUCCAUGUUCAUCAUCGUAGGAGUUGGCUGCCUGAUCGCUGGACUGUCCACCAAUAGGAUCGCGGCUGGUAUAGCGAUGUCGUCUCUUCAGAUCACGGCGCUGGGUAUCGGACCUCUCACGGCUUACGUUGUAGACUUGUUCCCAACUACAUUGAGAGGAACAGCGGUGGGCGCGGUGAUGAUGUUCGGCCGUGUCGGCUCGGUGGCCGGCGCGAACGCCGCAGGGGUAUCCCUCAGCGCCGCCUGCAUGGUCACCUUCUACGCUUUCGCUUUUCUAGUCUUCUUAUGCGCCGCCCUAAGCUUCCUCCUGCCGUCAGAAAAUACGUUAAAACCCCGAGAGCCUGUGCCUAGCUGAUAAUACAACUUAAUUAUAUAGGAUUUUAUACUUUUAUACUUGUACGGAUCAUUCUGCACGGCGAUAUAUCCUUUAUUAUAAGAUGGGUAGGGCAUGAAAUGGCGUGCGUUAUCGUGACUGUUGUCUUCCCUUGCACUGCCUACUAAGAUACUAUUUAAUUAGGAACUAAGUGAUUCGAUGUAUGCAUUAUCAACUUAUAAAGCUGUGCUGUUACGCCUAUGAAAGGGAGAGCUAUGCCUAUGAGAUUUUGCUCCAUACAACCUAGAGAAGUUGUUACUUAUACAACGGCAACAAUUUUACUUAAAGAGGUUGUGAUUUCCCCCUACCAUAUGCUAGUUAACUAUAGGUAUGCUAUAAUAUUCCUGGUUAUUCAGAAAGUAUGUUUUAAUCAUUUUUAUUUGAACUUUUACAAUUGUAAGGCGGACUUACAAGGCAUUAUCUACCAAUCAAUCUUUAAGUCAAAUGAAAUAGCAGCAGGAAUAGGUACAAUAGUACAGUUUUUCUUUUCAAUAAAAAUAAUAAACAGUGACAAAAGACGUAUCUACGUAUUAUAUACAUUGACUUAUGUAAGAUAAGCAAUAAAUAAUGCAUGUUAU